AUGUCUUCUACUCCUCAUAUUAGGCCAUGGAGAACCCCGGCCAAGGGUCAUCUAACUCCAGAUGCCAAUGGAGAUCUUAAAACCGACUACUCGCGCUGGCGAUUGGUCGAUGAGGAAGGCCGUCAAACAUGGCGGUAUCUCGAAUCCGACGUGGAAAACCAAGAGUGGCCUCAAUCAGUAGCUGAUAAAUAUCACCUGGGACUGCCAACGGGACUUCCAGAGCUGCCAGAGGCCAAGACACCAUUGAAAGCCGCCGAGAAUGGGCUUUCUUUCUUCUCGCAUCUGCAACUGGAGCCCGGAAACUGGGCUUGCGAGUAUGGUGGCCCCAUGUUUUUGCUGCCGGGUAUUUUGAUCACUUACUAUGUGACCAAUACCCCUAUCCCCCCUGAGUAUGCAACAGAGAUCAAGCGUUAUCUGUUUGCCCGUCAACACCCAGAGGACGGUGGAUGGGGCCUGCACAUUGAAGGCCACAGUUCCGUCUUCGGUACUUGUAUGAACUAUGUGGCACUGCGCUUGAUUGGUGUCAGCGAAGAGGACCCGCGCAUGAUCAAAGCUCGGGGUCUUCUGCAUAAGUUCGGAGGUGCCACCUAUGGCCCUCAUUGGGCUAAGUUCUGGCUCAGCAUUCUGGGAGUGAUGGAGUGGGAGGGUGUCAACCCAGUUCCCCCUGAGAUUUGGCUUCUUCCCGACUGGGUUCCCUUUGCUCCUUGGCGGUGGUGGAUUCAUAUGCGCCAGGUGUUCCUCCCAAUGUCUUGGCUGUGGUCUAAGCAAUGGUCUCACCCUCUAGACGACUUGACAAGACAGCUGCGCGAAGAGCUAUACACCCAGCCAUACAGCUCUGUCGAUUUUGCUGCGCAUCGCAAUUCGAUUCACAAGGUAGACAAUUAUUACCCCAAGACGUGGCUGUUGAAUGCAGCCAAUGAACUGCUGGUUCGGGUCUGGAACCCUUACCUUCGACUCCCCAAUAUUGUCAAGCGAGCUGAGGAAUGGACUUGGGAAUUGAUUCGCAUGGAAGAUGAAAACACCAAAUAUGCGGGGCUGGGACCCGUCAACAAUCCAAUGAACAUGGUGGCUUGCUUUGUCCACGACGGCCCGGACAGUUACUCUGUCCGCCAACACAGGGAGCGGUUGAAUGACUAUAUGUGGGUAAAGGGCGAGGGCAUGCUCGCAAAUGGCACCAACGGCGUACAAGUUUGGGACACGGCAUUCAUCACGCAAGCGAUUGUUGUAGCUGGUUUCGCCGACGAACCCAAAUGGCGGCCGAUGUUGACAAAAGCUCUCGAGUUCCUCGACGAUCAUCAAUUGCGAGAGAACGUGCCAGAUCAAGAAAAAUGCUACCGCCAACACCGUAAGGGUGCUUGGCCAUUCAGCACCAAGGACCAGGGCUACACAGUUAGUGAUUGCACCGCCGAGGGUCUCCGGUCAACACUUCAGCUGCAAGAAAUGCAUGACUUCCCUAAGCUGAUCUCCGAAGAAAGGUUGAAGGACGCCGUUGACUGUCUUCUACUCAUGCAAAACCCAAGCGGUGGCUUCUCCGAGUACGAAAUUACCCGCGCCUCGCCCAAGGUCGAGUGGCUCAAUGCCGCGGAGGUCUUCGGUGGAAUCAUGAUCAGCUACGACCACCCCGAAUGCACAACGGCAUCUGUUACGGCUCUGUCACUCUUCAGCAAAUUCUACCCCAAAUAUCGCGCUGACGAAAUCCGCGCCGCGAAACAGAAGGCUGUCGGCCACAUCAAGCAUGUCCAGCGCGCUGACGGUAGCUGGUAUGGCUCAUGGGGAAUCUGUUUCACCUACGCAGCGUUGUUCGCGCUGGAAAGUCUGGCUAGCGUCGGCGAGACAUACGAAACGAGUGAAGAUUCUCGUCGGGGCUGUGACUUCCUGAUCGAGAAGCAACAGGCCGAUGGUGGCUGGGGCGAGUCAUAUCUGAGUAGCGCGACCCAUCAGUAUGUUCAGCACGAGAAGUCCCAGGUGUGUCAGACUGCCUGGUCUCUUCUCGGACUUAUGGAGGCAGGAUAUCCGCACAAAGAACCGUUGGAGAGGGGCAUUCGACUGCUGAUGUCUCGCCAGCAGCGUAAUGGAGAGUGGCUACAGGAGGCGAUUGAAGGUGUAUUCAACCAGUCUUGCAUGAUCUCGUAUCCCAACUACAAGUUCUACUGGCCUAUCCGUGCCUUGGGCUUGUAUAGUAAGAAGUUUGGAAAUGCGGAGCUCGUGUAA